GAAUCCCUAAAAAAAGUACAAGUGGUUUCUCUAUGGAAAGUGAAGACAUAUAGGAGGACAUAAAAAACGAAAAAAUAGAGGUGGAGAAAAAAUAGCGGAAGCUGUAAUAAAGCCUUACACGAUUUGAAUGCUUGUUGUUCUUUUAUUAGUGGAUAUUGUUAUCGAGAAUAUAAUGUCGGUUGGGGGUAAACAGAGUAGUCUCAGAAAAGCCAUUGGAGCGAUUAAGGACACGACCACUGUCAGUUUGGCUAAAGUACAUAGCGGUUACAAGGAAUUGGACAUUAACAUUGUCAAGGCAACCAAUCAUGUGGAGCGCCCUGCAAAAGAAAAACAUAUAAGAGCUAUUUUUGCUUAUAUAUCCGCAACAAGGCCUCGUGCUGAUGUUGCUUACUGUAUUUAUGCUCUUGCGAAGCGUUUAUCAAGGACACGCAAUUGGGCGGUUGCCUUGAAAACUUUAAUUGUUAUCCAUCGAGCUUUGAGAGAAGUGGACCAAACAUUCCAGGAAGAACUGAUUAACUUUAUCAAGUUUAAAGGCCAUAUGCUCAAUAUGGCUCAUUUCAAAGAUGAUUCUGGUCCUCAUGCUUGGGAUUAUUCUGCUUGGGUUCGCAAUUAUGCUUUAUUUAUAGAAGAGCGACUGGAAUGCUUCCGGGUGUUAAAAUAUGAUGUUGAGGCAGAACGCCCGAGAACUAAAGAUCUAGAUACUCCUGACAUGCUUGAUCAGUUACCAGCUCUGCAGCAGCUAUUGUUCCGCAUUGUUAGCUGUCAGCCUCAAGGAGCAGCAGUCCAUAAUUUUGUGAUUAAAACAGCACUUUCUUUGGUUGCCUCAGAAAGCAUCAGAGUCUAUAAUGCGAUAAAAGAUGGCCUUAUUAAUUUGGUUGACAAGUUCUUUGAGAUGAAAAGGCACGAUGCUCAAAAGGCUUUCGAUAUAUACAGGAGGGCAGGGAAACAGGCUGAGAGACUGGCAGAAUUUUAUGAGUUAUGUACACGCCUUGAUGUUGGGCGUGGAGAAAGAUAUGCUACUGUUGAGCAGCCCCCUGGAUCAUUUCUACAAGCAAUGGAAGAGUAUGUACGAGAUGCUCCUCGUGCUUCAACUCUUCGCAAGGAUCUGAAGGCACUUGAAGCUCCCAAAGUGAUCUUAUCCAUUGACUAUAAGAAAACCCAUGAGAAGGAGGAGAAAAGGCCACCGUCUCCAUCUCCACCUCCACCUGAACCAGUAAAAGUGGAAGCUCCUGUGCAAACCCCAGACCUGUUGGGUCUCAAUGAUCCGGCUCCAGCGGCUUCUGGUUUCGAUGAGAAGAAUGCUUCAGCUUUGGCUAUUGUUCCAGUUGACAAUCAAUCAGCUACUUCUGGUCCAGACUCGGCAAAUGGAGGAACAGGCUGGGAAUUAGCACUUGUUCCUACUCCGAACUCUAAGGACAGUGCUGCAGCUUCAAGCAAAAUGGCUGGAGGUAUGAAUAAGUUUCUGCUGGAUACCUUAUAUGAUGAUGCAAUUAAACGAAGUAACCAGAACGUGAGUUACAACCCAUGGGAACAACAAUCCUCACUAGCCAAUCCUACAGCUGCACAAACAUACGAUCCAUUUUAUGCAUCCAAUACCUUAGCUGCAGCAUCAACUGUUCAGAUGGCAGCCAUGGCUAGUCAGCAACAAGCCUUUAUGUUACAGCAACAGCAGAUGAUGAUGAUGAUGAACCCACAACAGCAGCCAUUCAAUCCCUUUGGUAAUCCAUAUGGGGCUGCUGCUUCUGCUGUCCUCCCAUAUGGUUCUGGUAUGCCAGUUCAAGCUUCCAAUGCAUAUACCGGACUCAUUUAGGAACUACAGACAAGGGAAACCUUCUCGGUUUUUCUCUAAAAGAUCUGCAGGCACUCAUUAUAUUGCUACAAGUGCAUAGGAUAAUUAUGUACACGUAAAUAAUUAGGAAGGGCGGGACCUUCGAAUUUGUAUAAUUUGAUUAUUGAAGUCAAUAAAGAGCUUUAUUACCUGU